AUGGUUGGGAGUAAUGAAGAGCAAAUGUCUCUAGUAAUACGAUGCAUGGACGAUUCUGUAGACUCGCCGACGGUACAAGAAUAUUGGAUUGAAUUUUUGAAGGUGAAUGAUUCAUCAGGACUUGGAUUUGUCGUUGAGCUUAAAAAUGUGUUAAAGAAUUUUGAGCUUGAUAUUGAUAAUAUAAGGAGUCAAGGGUAUGACAAUGAAGCUAACAUGAACGGGAGACAUAGAGUCAAAAACAUGGAUAUUAAUGAAGCCAUCAAGUUUUUACAAGCACUUAUUUUAUUUCUUGAAUAUUAUAAAGAAACUGGAUUUGCUAGUACCAUGGAUAAAGCUAAACAAAUGGCAAGUGAAAUGGGAAUUGAAGCUAGUAUGUACGUUGAUAGUUUGUUGAAAUCUUGUAAGAAUCUUGAGCAGUAUUUAAAAUAUAAUGAACAUUCAAACAUUAUAGGUGAUGACUUGUGUUCAAAGUUGAUUGUCUCGAGUUGGUCCAUGCCAGUGUAUGCUAUUGAAACAGAUGUUCAUGUUUAG